AUACCAUUUUCUUUCGCGUGUGCGGCCUCUCUUCCUCCACCGCCAUCAUGGGUCGCAUGCACGCUCCCGGAAAGGGCUUGUCCCAGUCAGCUCUGCCUUACAGGCGCAGUGUUCCCACUUGGCUGAAACUCACAUCUGAUGAUGUCAAGGACCAGAUCUUCAAGCUGGCCAAGAAGGGUCUGACCCCCUCUCAGAUCGGUGUGAUUUUGAGGGAUUCUCAUGGUGUGGCCCAAGUACGUUUCGUCACUGGAAACAAGAUCCUGAGGAUCCUGAAGUCCAAGGGACUGGCCCCUGAUCUGCCCGAGGAUCUGUACCACCUGAUCAAGAAGGCUGUGGCCGUCAGGAAACAUCUGGAGAGAAACAGAAAGGACAAGGAUGCCAAGUUCCGCCUGAUUCUCGUUGAGAGCAGGAUCCACAGGCUGGCCCGUUACUACAAGACCAAGAGAGUACUGGCCCCCAACUGGAAGUACGAGUCCUCUACAGCCUCUGCUCUGGUGGCAUAAAAGACACACUUUUUUGGAUGAAUAAAACCAUGUAAAUUGGAAA